CACGACGCUGCCUCAAUCCUGCGCACCGCGACUUGUCCCCUUCACGCCUCUCGACUACAGCCACAACCACAAUCACAGAUCGUCUCCGGUCUUCUCACUCCCAACAAUUCAAUCCUACCUCCUGCUCAUCCGCAUAAUGGUUCGCAAUGAAUCUCAAGUCUGACCUGUCCUUGCCUACAAGAAUCUUGUGAUAAUCUUCCAUCACCACCCUCAUUAUGCCACCUCCUCUCGGAACCAUCCUCGAGGAUGAGGACGAAUUCCUCAAAGAUGUCGCCGCCUUUCACGAGAAGCGCGGAACGUCUUUCGAUCGCGAAGGUAGAGUCAGCGGUCGUCCUGUUUCCCUCCAUAAACUUUACAAAUUAGUCAUGGAUCGAGGUGGCUAUGAUGCUCUAUCAGCCGAGCGAAUGCAGUGGAGAACUUUGGUCAAGGAGUUUGGCUUCGGCAAGGCUCACGAAGCCGUGAUGACCUUCCAGCUAAAAUCCGUUUACUACAAAAAUCUCGCAGCCUACGAAAUUGUCACUUACUGGGGCGAAGAGCCGCCUCCGCGAGAAAUUCUUGAGGAUAUCAGCGCCAAAGGAGGCGAUUUGCGAAGUCGCACUCUCCAAAACUUCCUCCCUCCCGCUUCUCGUGAUGUCGGCAACGAUUCUACCAUGGUCGAGUCCACCGACCAGGCCGAACACACAGACGAGCCAAUCACCCCAAAGCGCGAAAGACUCGACUCAGAGAAACAGGAAAUUGAAAAGAAUGGAUCCGAAGAACCAGGCAGCGCAUCCAGAUAUUCUACCCGUCAGCUGAGGCAAGAUCCAAAGCGUACUCAGAUGUUCCAGCCUGAUACUGCCCCGACCAGAGCACGAAAUGUACGUGCCACCGACUCUCCAUCCACUCCUAUUGUCGCUCCUUCACAGACACUCCAUAUGAACGGUACCGAUGACCCCAGAAAUCCAUCGUUCGAUUGGUUUGAAAACUACAAACCCAAAGACUCCAUUCCUCUUACUCUACGACCACAUAUCACUCCCGGCAACAAUCCCACCGAGUUCGCAAAUCGCAAAAACCAGGCCAGAGCUCAGGCUCAUCCUGCACCUCCCCCAGAUAUCCACCUGCCUCUGCGCCCUUUCCUCCAACAUCAAAUGAGCGGUCCCAAUAUCUACCUAAGAUGUCUUUACGGUUUGCGCUCUGGUAUCGAGGAGGAGCAGAAGUUUGCUUUACACCACCUAGUCAAGGUGUCGUAUGAGCGGGGCGACAAGUACAAGUUUGAAGGGUUUCCGUUCCUCGCCGAGUCUCUGUUGGAAAAGGCUUUGGAGAUCACAGAACUGGUGUACGGCAUCAAGUUUGAGAUUUCCUACGACGAAGUGGACAACAAUGCCCCGAUCAAUACGCUUAAUGCUGCUUUUGGCACUCGCAAUCUUUUGGAAAACAUGCGCCUCCUUGCACCCGUCAUUAACAAUGACGGUGAAGUCGAGUCUGCAAAGUUCUCGGAAAAGCUGGAAAGACUCAAGGAGACGGCUCUCGUACUUCGAAAUAUGGUCAUCUUGGAGGAAAAUGCCAUUUUCUUGUCCAAGUUUCCCCUUUUCAAGGACUACUUGGUUGUGGCAGUCUCCCUGCCAGACCAGCCUCGCCUGGCCGAAUUUCGUCAGUCUGUUCUUGAAACCGCCGAGCAGGUGACGAGCUAUUGGCCUCUUAAGGCCGAGGAUCCUCUGUACUGCGCCCUGAUCCCACACCUGGAAUCUACAGACCGAGGAGCCCUCCUUUCAAGUUUGCGAGCCAUCAACAGGAUGGGAAUCAUGACGCCCGAGCCUCACCAUAUCAGAAAUGUUCCAUUGAGCUCAAUAGAGCGGCUGUUGUCUCUGAUACUCCUUGAGUCGGAUAACGACUUACUCGAGGCUGCGCUGACCUUUCUUUAUGAACUAACAGCAACGUACGAAAAUAAUGUCGAGCUCCUGUCCGGGGGCAACCAUCUCCUCUCGUCCAUAAUCCCUCGACUCGUUCAGCUACUUUCUUUUCAGGCGGUUUCUGUAGUAGAGAAGAUUUUGGCUGCACCAGUGCCAGAUAAAAUUCCAAUUCCGGCGCAGGUGCCGACCGUACCAGCAGAGUUGUACCAGGAAAUGUUGAACUACCGUGAGCCGGAGCGAUCGUCCAAAUGGCUACAAUGCUGUUUCGAGGAGUCCCCGAGUGACGACAUUACACAGAUUCAGAUAUGGCAAGCCUAUCAAAGUACGUUUUUGGGAAACACUCCAUUGGCAGCGGCAGAUUUCAUCAAAAAUGUGUCGAGCACCUUUGCCACGGCGCAGGCCCAAGUGAUCAACGGACCACAGCCCCGAUUCAUUAUCAAAGGAAUCAGGCCCAGGCGAGUGUUGGUGGGAUUCCAGCGUCAACUACAAUACUUCAAGUGCUUGUGGGAGGUGACUCGGCCAGAAUCUGCCGAGGCGGUUGGACAUCACGGCGCCAAAAAGACAUGCGAUCAAUGGAAGGUCAGCCGGGAGAAUCUGUGGCACCAUAUUCUCACUGAUCAUUUGAAAAUCUCGAGGACGCCGGAUGGUCGUUUUGACAAUUCGGGAUCAGUGCCCCGGAAAUGCCGCUGGACCUCGUGUAGCCGAGAUGAAACUUUUACCAAGGCGAGCGACAUUGGAUCCCACAUUCGAGUUCACAUCCCCAAGAGCCCAGAGGACAUGGCCGAGGUGAUUCUUGAACUGGCCAACUUGGGUAAGAAGCCGGAGAGGCCGGGAACGCAACAUGCCUACCAAUACACUGCAAUGGACGCAUCGCAGCAAAAUUCACCGUGUGGAAUUGCCUGGCUCAGUGUCAUGGUGUUGCGUAAUUUGGCGCGGUUCGCCAACAAGCAAGGGAAACCAUUUGAACGGGAUGGGGUGCCGCUGAUCAACCAGCUAUUUGGCGGACACAUGUACGCCCUUUUUAACGUGGUCGGGGUCAACCGCACACUGAGGGAGUGGGUUGGUGACCUAGUGUUCUUGAUUGAGCAGGGAGAGCGAGAGCACAACAAGGGCCUGAAACGAGAGCGCGAUUUCGAUGAGGAUGACUGAGAGCGGCACUAGCUCUUCCAGCUGAUGGCUCUACCAAACAAAUCACGAAAGGUCCUGUUUUCUGAGCCUGGACGCAAGACGUACGAGGACAGCAGGAGCGAUGUUUCAACUACAACAAAUGUUAUUGGCCUUCCAAUUCUUGAUGUCCGGUUAUCAAGAUUUGUCCUCACAAAGCGUGCAUGUUUCAAAGCUUCUUUGGCCAAGACUCGAUUGUUUAUGGCAAACUUUGCAGAAUAAGAUCUACUUCAGCAGCGGCGGCUUCAAGGAUGUGGGACGCGGGAUACUGUGGCUUCCAGCCAAUAGAGACACCGUGCUCGGGGGUGAACGUGCAUCUGUCACUGGUCAGCAAGACAGUCACUCGGGGAAUGCUUCUGCAAGCCUGGGUUGACUUCGUACUUUCCACCAAUCUGGACAGCAACAAACUCCUUUGGGCAGCCUAGAGCUUCUGCCAUCUUCUCCAGGGCUGCGUCAUCGGCCAUGACGACCUGAUCCGUGUUGAUGACUUUUCUCUCAGUGAGUCGUCUUGCCAUGGCCGAAUAUAUAUCAUCCCAGGCAACGCUUCCAGGAGAAGCGAGGUAGUAGCCGUUCUUGCCAUGGCCAGGAUCCUGGCCAGCCAGAAUACGACGCAGGAUCUGGAGGUAGAGAGAGGCGUUGUCGGCGACAUGACAAACGGGCCAAGUGGGGCGACCAUGGUCGACACUGAAGACACGGCCGGUGGCUUUGGCGGCCUUGACAAUAGCGACUGUCUGGAUUGAGAUGGGAUUGCCAAAGCCUUGGUUCUUACCGUAGACGAUGCAGGGAGCGAAGAUGUACGUUCGGACGCCACACUUCUCACCUUGCUCUGUGAUGGUGUUGUUGGUUGUGACGCCGCUCUGCAUCACAGCGUGUGGCGCCUUUUGAGACUUCUGGAUGUCAUACAGGUGAUUGUCAGUGUCGAGCAAAAGUCGAUCAGUGGGUGCACCAGCAUGACUAGAGAAGAGCUUUGCGCCCGUGGUAUGCAAGAAAUGCACAUCACGACCACCUUGUUGAUUCUUCACCUCGGCCAGGGCCUUGAUGAAGUUGAGGGGUCCUUCUAGCUUGACUGCAUUGAUAAGAUAAAACACAACAGUGAUUCCAUGUUUGACGAUGUUCUCUCG